GUGUACAGUAUACCGGGUGUACAUAAUAGACUCUCUUGGGACUAAAGCUUUGUUGUUUUUGCCUUUUGGUGUAGUGGAAAGUUUACAUUCAACAUCACUUGUUCACAAAGUUUAAUAAAACAAAGGGUAAUUGGUGUGAUGAAAUUAAUGACUCAAAACCUAAUUAUGAUAAGUCACUAUAAUCAAUAAACAAGGUCUCCCCACUUAUGAGAGUGAAGUUUUGGAUGUCAAUUUUACGCGUUCAAGUUGAGUUACCAUAUUCCCUAAAAAAAAAAAUGUUGAGUUACCAUAUUACUUUAAAUUUUGAAUAUUGAACUUGGGACUGACUAUAAACUGCUAUUAUCUCGUGAAAUUCCAGACCAAAUGAGCUCAACACGUGAAGUUUCGUUGUCAUUUUUAGUAUUUUUGCAUGCAAAAAUUUCAGACCAAACAACACAAGUAUACAACCAACAAAACAUACCCAUGUUUUGAUAACAUUGAUAAGACAAACCUAAGCAUUGCAGCAGCCAGCAAAUUUGAUAAUGACUCCUUAAAUUUGUUACUCCAUACGUCCCUAUAUUCAAAUGUGAACGAUUAAUUAAGAAGCGUGUUAUGAGAAUUCAUCAUUUUCAAACGGAAUUAAGAUGUACCUACUUUUAGUGUUGCGUGUUUAUGUGCUCACGUCAUUCUUAUUUAAGAUUUCUUUUUAACUGGUUGCACCACAUAUCAAUACAAUCAAUGUAUUGGAACGAUCGUGUUUUUUUUUUUUUUUUUUUUUUUUUUUUUUUUUUUUUUAUUUUUUUUAAUGCAAACAAAAGUUACAUGUGAUUAUGUGAUGCAUGCAAAGUUUCCAUGGAUAAACAUUUGUAUGGCAUGAACCAAUUUAUGGUACAUGUGGCAACACCGAAAAACUACGAGCAACCAAUUCAAAAUAUUCACUUUAUCACAUAUGUUGCACUUGCCCAAUUCCAAGGGCGGAAUUUCAUGUUCCAUAACAUUUUAUUGUAUUUAUUAGAAAAUUUCCCAAGAUUUUAUAAAUCCCUACGAAUAUAUAAUAAGUAUAUCUCGUGCAUUAAUACGGUAAAGCUUAGAUAUAUCUUGUAGAAGGUAAAGUACUUUAAAAUUAAUUUGUUACAAAGUAACAAGAAACAAGGAGGUGAGGGUGUAAAGGGAGGUAGUUCUAUAUAUCUUUCUCUCAAAACUCGGACAACCUUUUAUUUUUCUUAUUAUCCCUUCAUUUUUGCAACAAUCACAAAAAUAUUAAAUGAGAGAGCUCCUAGAAAAUACCAAAACCAAUGGAUUUGCUUCAUUUGUUGGUUACUUAAUACUUAUCACAUCCAUCUUGAGCAUUUUUGCUUUCCACUCACCUUUCUCUUUAAACAUCACCAAAACAUUAGAGCAAAUCAAUUCAAUAAAUCAUCCUCAAAAGGAUAAAAAUGGAAAAUGUGAUUUGUUCAAGGGGAAAUGGGUUGAAGAUUAUUCAAAAGGCCCACUAUAUACAAAUGCAACAUGCACAACAAUUCCAACGUCAAAAGAUUGCUUCUUGCAUGGGAGGAAUGACAAGGAGUUUUUGUAUUGGAGAUGGAAGCCACACAAAUGUGAGCUCCCAAGGUUCGAACUUGAUACCUUUUUUCAAAUUAUGCGCGAUAAGAGGCUAGCAUUUAUAGGAGAUUCUGUUGGUAGAAACCAAAUGGAGUCUCUUUUAUGCAUCUUGUCUCAAGAAGAAGCACCAAUUGAUGUGUAUAAGGAUGCAAAAGACCAGUCUCGAACAUGGUUCUUCCCUAGGAACAAUUUCACCCUAAUGGUGUUAUGGACUAGGUUUUUGGUUAAGGGUGUUGAAAGAGAAGGUGGAGUUUAUGAUUUGCACCUUGAUCAAGUGGAUGAAAAAUGGGGUUAUAAUGUGAGUCAAGGUUUAGUGGAUUAUGCAAUCGUUUCAAGUGCUCAAUGGUACUUUAGAAAGAAUUAUUUAUUUGAAGGUGGGAAAUUAAUUGGAUGUCUCUAUUGCAAUGAAGCCAAUUUGACUCAAUUUAAAGUGAGUUUUGCUAUUGGGAAGGCCUUUCAAACUACACUCAGCUACAUUAAUGGUUGCAAAAAUUGUAAGGGCAUGCUGACCUUGGUGAGAACAAUUUCACCAACACAUUUCGAAAAUGGGACGUGGAACACCGGAGGCCAUUGCGAAAGAUCAAAACCUUACAACAAAGAAAAUAUGUUGAUAUCUAGCAAAAACAAUGAUGAAUGGGAGGUAAGAGACAUUCAAAUCGAAGAAAUCGAAAGAGCAAAGAAAGAAGGCUAUUGGAAGGGACAACGAAAAUUCCAAGCCUUGGAUAUCACUAAGGUUAUGUUGUUGAGACCGGACGGACACCCGGGUUCACACUGGCGUGACAAGAAGAAGAAAGGGUUCAAUGAUUGUGUGCAUUGGUGCAUGCCUGGCCCUAUUGAUGUGUGGAAUGACCUCUUCUUAGCACUACUUAGUUGAGUUCAUCCAUUGUAGAAAUUAUGGUUAAAUUAGGUUGGAUUAUAAGUAUAAUUACAGUAUUCUAUACAUGUAUGACAGGGUGGGGGCCGGGGGGGUCUUUAUUAAUUAUUUCAACUCGAGUACUACCAAAAUUGUGGUGCUUAUGAAAAAGUUGAAAUACGCUUCGUACAUAUUUUACAAAUUUUUAAAUAAGACCGUCUUAUCAUCAUAAAAUUACAUUGUAGAAUUGUAGGUGAAU